CAACACUAGAAAAUGCAUAUGACAAUGCAGAAUGGAAAACGAAACAGGCAAUUGCAAGAAAAUUUUGCCCAGUUUUGCCUAUCGCUUAUCGCUAUCGCCUAUUGUGCAAGGGCCUUAAGUAAUUAUUCAGUUGUGAAUAAUGGAUUUCGAAGGGGACAGUCGUCAGGUGCACAACGAUGGGUGAACCAUCAGGAUUGACCAAUAGUGAAACGCGUGAGCUUUGCAAAGUCCCGGAUGCUGCUACAGAUGGAUACAUCAUGCAACAGACAAUGUUUCGUAUCAAGGAUCCAAGAAAAUCUUUACCGUUUUAUACUAAAGUACUUGGUAUGACUUUGCUGCAAAAGUUCGAUUUUCCAGAACUGAAAUUUUCCCUGUAUUUCCUUGGUUAUGAAAAUCAGAAGGAUAUACCAACUGAUAGAAGAGAAAGUAUUACAUGGACGUUUAGUAGACCAGCGACUAUAGAGUUAACUCAUAAUUGGGGAACAGAAACUGAUCCAGAUGCUAAAUAUCACAAUGGAAACUCAGAGCCUGCAGGAUUUGGUCACAUUGGAAUCACGGUACCUGACAUUGAAAAAGCUUGCGAGAGAUUUGAACAAUUAAAUGUGCCAUUUGUGAAAAAGUUAAACGACGGCAAAAUAAAGGGUAUUGCUUUUAUCAAAGAUCCUGAUGAUUACUGGAUCGAGAUAAUAGAUGGCCAGAAUGUUGCAAAUAUCAUAUUAGGUCAUUAACAUAUUUUACAUUAAAGCAAUAAAUUGUUGAAUAUUGUACAAUGCUAAAUUGCAUUGAACGUAAUAUUAUAUGAAGUGGCACAAACAUAAUUAAAAUACAUUACUAAAUUCAAUUCAUGACACAGUGAACUGAAACGGUGCGACUAAUGUGCAAAAAAGACUAAUGAAAUUAACCUUAAUAAGAAUUCUUAAUGAAAUUAAAGAAAUAUGUAUUUAUUAUACAUGUAUUAGUAUAUUUUAUUUUGUAGCAAUUGUGUAAAUUCUCUUAUACAUAUUGUGUUACAUCUAUACGAUGUGUCAUGUUCACGAAACUUUACAGAGAAAAAAAUAUUUAUUUCCAGUAAAUCCGUUUGAUUCCGCCAGGAUAAUUCAAUAAUAAAAUUUUUUCUUUUCCAAUCCGAAAGGUGCACGAAUUGGCGCCUUUAUUUACAAAAGAAUAAUAAACAUGUCACUUUUCGA